AUGGUUAAAACCAUAGCCUCUAAUACUAUGAAAUUUCAACAGGACACUGAGGCCAACAAUCAAGAGAUGAAAGCACGUAUGCAAAAUUUGGAAAAUCAGAUGAGUCAAUUAGCCUCAAUUGUCAACCGACUAGACUCCCAGGGGAAGGGAAAACUUCCAUCCCAACCUGAGGUGAAUCCCAAGAAUGUAAGUGCAAUGACCCUCAGGAGUGGGAAAGAGGUUGAAGGUCCAGCACCAGUGGCUCCGAAGGACAAGAAUGAGGACCGUAUUGAGAAGGAGCUUGAGGAAGAAGGAACUCCUGGCACAAAUGAAGAGGUACUACGUAACCCAGUGGGUCCAGUUAAGCCUAACCCACCACCUUUUCCUAGCAGGUUGGAAAGGCCUAAAAAGCAAGACAAGGAAAAGGAAAUUUUGGAGAUGUUUAGGAAGGUGGAGAUAAAUAUCCCUUUACUUGACGCAAUUAAGCAAGUACCCCGGUAUGCCAAAUUUUUGAAGGACCUAUGCAUCAAUAGGAAGAAAUUGAGGGGAGAUGAAAGGAUAAUCGUGGGAGAGAACGUAUCUGCAGUGCUUCAAAGAAAACUUCCACCAAAGUGCGGAGACCCGGGUAUGUUCACUAUUCCUUGUAAAAUAGGGAACACUAGCAUUAGGAAUGCCAUGUUAGACUUAGGAGCCUCUAUAAAUGUGAUGCCCAAGGCUAUAUAUGCUUCUCUGAAUUUGGGCCCCUUAAAAGAAACUGGCAUUAUAAUUCAAUUGGCUGAUAGGACUAAUGCUUAUCCUGAUGGGGUGAUAGAAGAUGUGUUAGUACAAGUGAACAAUUUAGUGUUCCCUGCUGAUUUUUAUAUUCUUGAUAUGGGUGAUGAACGUUCUCCAAAUCCAUCACCAAUUUUGUUGGGGAGGCCCUUCUUGAGCACGGCUCGUACAAAAAUUGAUGUUAGUAAGGGCACCCUAACGAUGGAAUUUGAUGGAGAAAUAGUUCAUUUCAGUAUAUUUGAGGCCAUGAAAUAUCCGUGUCAUUCUAAUGCUGUUUUUGCUGUGAGUAUAAUUGACCCUUUGGUGCAAGAAGUAUUUGAGAUUGAUGGCAGGGAUGAAUUGGAGGUAGCAAUCACCAAGCAUUUGGAUCUGGAAGCAGCAUGCGAAAUGGAGUUAGACAUCAAUUUGCAAAGAAUGGUUGGAGCCUUGCAUUCACUAGGCCAAAGUCCUCUAAGGUAUGAUGUUGCUCCUAUAUUUGUGCCUGAACCACACCUAAAGCUAUUACCUUCUAUCGUGCAGGCACCUGAAGUGGAGUUGAAGCCUCUGCCCGAGCAUUUAAAGUAUGCCUUUCUAGGUGAAAAAGAGACGUUACCAGUGAUAAUAUCAUCCAAAUUAUCACCCACGGAGGAGGAUAAGCUGCUACGCGUUCUAAGGGAGCAUAAGGAAGCUAUAGGUUGGACAAUUGCAGAUAUCAAGGGUAUAAGCCCGUCUGUGUGCAUGCAUCGAAUUCGCUUGGAAGAGGAUGCUAGGCCGAUAAGACAACCACAAAGGAGAUUGAACCCCAUCAUGAUGGAAGUGGUCAAGAAAGAGGUAAUCAAGCUUCUGGACGUAGGAAUUAUUUUCUCUAUCUCAGACAGCCCAUGGGUAAGUCCGGUCCAAGUGGUGCCAAAGAAAGCAGGGGUAACUGCGGAAGAAAAUCAUGAAGGGGACCUUGUUCCAAUUCGAAAGCCUACGGGUUGGCGCCAGUGCAUCGAUUACCGUAAAUUGAACGCAGUGACCAAGAAGGAUCAUUUUCCCCUUCCAUUCAUUGAUCAAAUGGUUGAAAGGUUAGCCUGUCGUGCCUAUUAUUGUUUUUUAGAUGGUUUCUCUGGUUAUUUUCAGAUAGCAAUUGCGCCAGAGGAUCAAGAGAAAACAACUUUCACUUGCCCCUUUGGCACUUUUGCCUAUCGAAGAAUGCCUUUUGGAUUGUGUAAUGCCCCUGCAACAUUCCAGAGGUGCAUGAUUAGCAUUUUUUCUGAGUAUGUAGAGAGAAUAAUUGAGGUAUUCAUGGAUGACUUCAGUGUCUAUGGUGAUAGCUUUGACGAUUGCUUAGAUAACCUGACAUUGAUUUUAAAAAGAUUUGAUAAAGCUAAAAUAGAUGUGAUAUCUGCUUUACCUUACCCCGUAACUGUACGGGAAGUUCGUUCUUUUCUAGGGCAUGCAGGUUUCUAUCGCAGAUUUAUCAAGGAUUUCUCAAAGAUCGGGGCACCACUUUUCAGGCUUUUACAAAAGGAUGUCAGUUUUGAAUUCGACGAGAAAUGCGAAGAAGCGUUCGAGAAGUUGAAAAAAUUACUCACUUCGCCACCUGUCAUCCAACCCCCUGACUGGAAUCUCCCAUUUGAAAUCAUGUGUGACGCCAGCGAUUACGCAGUGGGUGCGGUACUAGGUCAAAGAGUGGGAAAGGCAGCCCACGCUAUAUACUACGCAUCUCGAGCCUUGAACGGAGCCCAAUUGAACUAUUCGACCACCGAGAAAGAGCUCCUAGCUGUAGUUUUUGCUUUAGAAAAAUUUCGUUCCUAUUUACUUGGUGCUAAAGUUAUUAUUUUCUCUGAUCAUGCAGCCCUGCGGUAUCUGUUGACCAAGAAAGAGGCAAAACCGCGACUGAUAAGGUGGAUAUUGUUGCUACAGGAGUUUGACUUGGAGAUCAGAGAUAAGAAAGGGGCAGAGAAUUUGGUAGCAGAUCACUUGAGUCGGGUACAAGUCACCAAGGACGAUAUCCCGUUGAGAGAAACCUUCCCUGACGAGCACUUAUUUUCUGCUAAUUUAAUUUUGCCCUGGUAUGCAGAUAUUGUUAAUUUUCUAGUUACUGACAAGUUUCCUGCAGGAUGGCCUAAGGCAAAAAGGGAUAAGUUAAGGAGUGAAGCAAAAUCUUACAUCUGGGAUGACCCUUACCUCUGGAAACGUGGUGCCGACCAAAUCAUUCGCAGAUGUGUGAGUGAAAAUGAAUUAUGUGAUAAGUGUCAACGAGUAGGUAAUAUUUCUCGAAGGGAUCAAAUGACCCAGACCCCAAUGAUUUUUGUUGAGAUUUUUGAUGUUUGGGGUAUUGACUUUAUGGGCCCUUUUCCUUCAUCUUUUGGUUUUUUAUAUAUAUUGCUUGCUGUAGACUAUGUCUCGAAAUGGGUGGAAGCAAAGGCCACCCGUACUAAUGAUUCCAAAGUAGUUGCAGAAUUCGUCAAGUCCAAUAUCUUUGUCCGAUUUGGGAUGCCGCGAGCAAUUGUAAGUGAUCGGGGUACCCAUUUCUGCAACAAGACAAUUGCUGCACUUUUUAGGAGGUACGGUGUCUUGCACAAAGUCUCCACGUCUUACCACCCGCAGACAAACGGUCAGGCGGAAGCAUCGAACCGGGAGAUCAAGUCAAUUUUGGAAAAGAUGGUUCGACCCGACAGGAAGGAUUGGAGUAUAAGACUUGACGAUGCCUUGUGGGCAUAUAGAACGGCGUACAAGACGCCAAUCGGCAUGUCCCCUUACCGUUUGGUAUUUGGGAAGCCAUGCCACCUCCCUGUCGAGUUCGAGCAUAGAGCAUUUUGGGCGGUCAAGCAAUGCAACAUGGAUAUCGAAGAGGGCGGAAUUCAAAGGAAGCUACAGUUACAAGAAUUAGAGGAGAUUCGCAAUGAAGCCUACGAGAAUGCUGUGAUUUAUAAGGAGAAAAACAAGAUUUUUCAUGACCAACAGAUCUCUAGGAAGACGUUUGAAUGUGGACAAAAAGUUCUACUGUAUCACUCUAAAUUGAAGUUAUUUCCAGUGGAAAUCCAGAGUCUAAAGACGGAGAAGAAAUUUGUGGUGAAUGGUCAUCGCCUCAAGCCAUAUUAUGAUGAGGUUCCAGUUGAGCGGGUAGAGAUGAUGCAUUUGGAGGACCCAAUUUGCUUGGUUUAA